GAGUCUGCAGAUUUCUGCUCACAUGAUCGAGUUACACUGGUUUUGAAAACAUGGCGCUGCAGUUCACAGAGGAGCAGUUUCAGGAAGCCUGGAAAGAACUGGAUGAACCCCAGCUAGAAGGAGGAUGGGAGUUCUUCACAGAGACAAGUGGGAUAAAAAUUUACCGGCUUUACGAUAAGCAAACGGGACUAUAUGAGUAUAAGGUUUUUGGUAGUCUUACCAACUGCACCCCAGAGACAUGUGCUGAUGUGUACAUGGACUUAGAGUACAGAAAGACAUGGGAUGGAUAUGUUAAAGAGCUCUAUGAAAAAAGCUAUGCUGGGCAGACAGCAAUUUACUGGGAGGUGAAAUACCCUUUUCCUCUGUCAAACAGAGACUAUGUUUACGUGAGAGAACGGCGAGAUCUGGACAUCAAUGGAAGAAAAAUCUAUGUCAUGUUGGCAAAGAGUGCCUCAGAUUCCCUGUGUCCUGAGAAGUCUGGAAUCCUCCGAGUGAAAGACUAUAAACAGAGCCUGGCCAUUGAGAGUGAUGGUGACUGUGGCACUAAAGUUUUCCUGAACUACUUUGAUAACCCGGGUGGGAUGAUACCAGCUUGGCUUAUAAAUUGGGCAGCGAAGACCGGCGUGCCAUCAUUCCUCAAAGACCUGCAGGAGUCCUGCAACAAUUACCCUGACUACUACAAGAAGGCAAAAUUAAAAAGCUAGGGGUCAGGGCAGUGUGCCUUUUGUAUAUUUCCUAGAAUGCUACAAAGCUCAAGAAUAAUUCUUCCAAUUUUGUGACUGGGCAUUUAAUGGGGUAUUUCAAUGGUGUUAAUAUACAGAUUCUGGUAAAGUUUAAGGUGCUUAUUUUUACAGUAUAUUCAGGAAAAUGUAGUUAAUUUGAAAUUCUGCUUUAGAUUUAAAAUUUGCUGCUAUAUGUGUUACACUGGAUACAUUAAUCAAUUAACUUUUAAAGGACUUUUUAUUACUUUGCAGUUCUUGAGAAUUAAAGUAUGGUAAGUUUUCAAUGUACACCUGCCUGUUGGCACACCACAUAUGUUUCCAUAAGUACUGUAUAUGUGAUAUAUAUUUGGUUACUUAAGUAAAGGAAACAAAGGUGUUUUAGGGAGUCCAGGUGUUUUAUAAUUCAGAUGUACCCCAGGUGCACUGUGAGUGAAGUCAUAAGUUGUUCUAAACCACUGUAAACCAGAUAAACAAAACAGUUUGCUGAUUACUGUAGUUUCUAUUUACCUAUCCCUAAAAAAUUAAUUAAAAUUGUUCUUGUUGUAGGGCAGUUCUACUUCAAGAUUGCUUCAGACGUUCCUGAAAUGUCUUAAUGAGUGAAUGUUAAAUAUUAUAUGCAUGAAAGAUAUUUCACCAUAUGUUUUACAUAAGUUACUUAAUGACUUCUCUGAUUCAUAUGCAUCUUGUGCAUGGUAAUGUACAGGCAGGCUAUUUUUUUUUCUGUGCAAUUAUGAGUAAGUUGUAAAGAUUGUAAAAAAAAGUUCUCUACUUGCUUGAAUAAAUAUAUGGAUUUAUUUUCAAAAUGUUCAUUUAAAUCAGUCCUAAAAAAUAUAUUGUCACCAGAUGAAUAAUCAAAGAUACAUUACAGUUCUUCCUGCUUUUAGUCAGUGAAGAUAAAGGAUUAAGGGUAUUCAAAAACUGAUAAAUUUUAUUGCACACAUUUCUAUUGUGUGGUAAGUGAAUUUUACAUUUAUUGAAUUCUACAUAUAGUAUUCUAAUUUCAAUAAAUAUUGGUUAAAAAAUAGUCAUAUUUCUCCUUUCCAGUCACUUUGAGUAAACUGCAUUGAAAUUUUUGCUUUUGCAUUAAAUCACUAAAUCCUUAAACAAGGGGUGAAACAUUUGGAAACAUUUCACCUAAAAAACAGGGGUUCACCAGAAUUUAUGCAAUCUCAUAAUUGACAGAGAAAUCCCAUAGUAGUUUUGUAUACACUGAUAAUUGUCCUCUUGUAUGAACUUGAAUAAUUGGGCUCAACAGAGCUGGUAGCAAAUAAAAAGAAUCUUAAAAAAUGGGAAACUAUUUCUAUCGAUGUCUGGUAUUAGUGCAAUUAAGUCCUGAAAUCAUUAAAACAAUGUCUGAAUCGACCAGUAAUUGGCAACUACCAUGAUUAGACAUUUCCUGCAGUGUUUGUUUUUUUUAAUCCAAAAUGCUUCCGCAUUUAACAACUCAAACAUCAAAUUUCUAAGUUAACUAAGAGUUAACUAAGUUGCUUUUGUUUCAUAGAGAGAUACUUGUCACCCUUUUGUACUGUAUGGUUGUUUGCAUCAAUUGUUUACAUUUGUUUACUUUUGAGUCAGAUCUUGUCAUUAGGGGGGAAAAAAAAUAAAAGAACUGACACUUGAUUUCACCUGCAAUGCCAGAUGUUACUGUAGGUCUGUAAAUGAUUCUCUGUUGUGACAUCUUUGUACAUUUAUCUCACUUUCUGUUUUUGUCUGGAAAAUAUGUGUGCUCUCCACUCAGAUAAAUCUUUCCACUUUCUGA